UUCACACAGAUCCCUCUUGUUUUUUUUUUUUUUUUUUGACAAACGUCAAAAUACCGUCAAUUUGCCCAAUAAACAAUCACAUUGUUUACAAUACUAAAUAAUUCUAGGACAAUGAGUGAUAAAAAGGUACUAAUAAACAAACGCGGAAAAGGCCGUGUAAACCGUGAAGAAAUACUACAAUGGAGCAAAGAGGAGCUAAUAGCCAAGGUUUUACAACUGGAUGCAUAUAACUUCCAAAUAAGAAAUCUGUUACAAAAGAAGUUGGGACAAAAUGACAGUGAAUUUUAUGAAGAGCUCGCCAGCCUGGACGCCAACGAAAAUACUACCGCUCAGGAAAGUGUGCAACAAACUGUAACACAACCAUUAACAAAAGCACAGAAGCGUAAAUUCGACUUUAAAAAGAGUCACAGGCGACACGUGCUGAUGAAAUUGCUUUAUUUCGGUUGGGAUUACCACGGUUUGGCAACGCAAGAAGAUUCAAAUGCAACAAUAGAGCACCACCUGUUUCAAGCGCUCAUACGCACCUGCCUGAUAGAGUCGCGUGAAACUGCUAAUUAUCAUCGUUGUGGACGCACCGACAAAGAAGUAAGCGCCUUCUGUCAAGUUAUAUCAAUAGAUUUACGUAGUAAAUUUCCACCAGAACAACAGCAUUUGGCUGCAUCAUUAGCUAAUGAAAUUGAUUAUUGUGCGCUGCUGAAUCGUGUGCUGCCACGCAACGUACAAGCAGUAGCGUGGAUGCCGCUGCAUAGUCCAGUGUAUAGUGCACGUUUCGAUUGUGUCGAGCGCACAUAUCGUUAUUACUUUCCAAAAGGCGAUUUAUGUAUAGAGGCGAUGCAAAAAGGUUGUGAAUUGCUAGCCAGACAUACAGACUUUCGAAAUUUUUGUAAAAUGGAUGUCAAUAAUGGUGUGACAAACUAUAUAAGGCAAGUUUUUAAAGCUACUGUACAGAGAUGCGAAGUGGAGCAAUGUGGAAAAGAUGCUGUUGAUGGUUAUGCCAUGUAUAUGUUAGAAAUCAGAGCUAAUGCCUUUCUUUGGCAUCAAAUACGCUGCAUUAUGGCGGUCUUGCUGCUUAUAGGUGAAGGCAAAGAGCAGCCGGAAGUAAUAAGUGAAUUACUGGAUGUAGCGAAAAAUCCAUGCAAACCGCAAUACACACCAGCUAUCGGUUUACCAUUAAAUCUCUUUAACUGUGAGUUCCGCAAGCACACCAUACAACCCACGAGUAAUGCUACAAAUAAUGGUGAUACAACAAAUUCAAACGAAGCAGAGGAACAUACAACUGCUUGGAUAUACGGCGAGGAACACCUACAAAAACUCAUCGAGAAUGUGCAAGCUGAAUGGAUGCAGUACAACAUCAAAAGCACCAUGAUACGCGAUGUAUUGCAUCAACUAGAAGGCAUACAUCAAAAAGAGUAUAAGACCUCACCACCAGUGCAAGCGCAAGCAUGGUUGCUGCAAGACGGUGUCCGUCCACGUCAAUAUCAACUGCUAUUAAAUCGCAAACGUUGUGAGAGUUUGGAGAAUCGCAUUGAACAUUUCGUUAAAAAGCAGCGUCUAAUAGUUACCGACGAUUCAGCAACAGAAAGCAACAUAGUAACGAAAAAUGUCGUUGAAACGUAAUAUAGAUAGUAUGUUAAAUUAAAUAAAAAUCUUAAUCGAAGUGUGCAAAAAUUAGUUAAUUUUAUUUAUUUAAUUUUUUUGUAAUGAUCAACCGCGUUCUAACCUUACACAAUUUCUACGCGCAUAUAUGUAUGCAAUAUAUAUUUUUUGCACUGUCAUCCCUAAGAAGUGUGUAAAAAGUUAAGAAUGAACGAAUAUAUGUAUGUAUUGCUAAUUUUAGUAAAACAAAUGCUUAUCUUAUAAAACAUUAACUUUUAUACAAAAGUACACAUACACAAGUACUUAAGCAGACCAAUAAAUAGUUUAGCCAUAUAUAAAUCACAAUCCAUACAAUUAGAUUUAUCUUAUCUGCAUUUAUUUAAUACAAUAAUCCGAUUAGUCUCAACAAAAAUAUCGUGAGAAGAUAACGACAGGUUUUUUUAAAUAGAAAUUUUAAACAAAUACUCAGAUUUAUUUAGAUUUUACGUACAACACUUCUCUGUGGAAGCUUUUGCUAUCCAAUAACUAAAAUCGAAAUUGCAGUG